CUUUAUGUAGGUCAGGCUUGGCUUAAGCAGAUUUCCUGAACCUGCGUCAGCUUAAGCUGGAGGAAUUUUAAUAAACCCUCCCCUGUAGGCGUGGGCCUAAAUGAGGCUAGCCUAGUUAAGCCUGAUCUUUUUCUGUUUGUGAAAAGAGCUGAGCAGAGCUGGAAGCUGCAUGGUGGUUUCCGAAACUGCCUACUUAAUUUGAAAAGAACAAUGGUAGGAAAGGCUAGAUCUUCCAAUUUUACCUUAUCUGAAAAGCUUGAUUUGUUAAAGCUUGUGAAACCAUAUGUUAAAAUUCUUGAAGAACAUACCAAUAAACAUUCAGUAAUAGUGGAAAAAAAUAGAUGUUGGGAUAUCAUAGCAGUUAACUAUAAUGCAAUUGGAGUAGAACGCCCUCCUCGAACAGCGCAGGGCCUACGCACCCUUUACAAAAGGCUCAAAGAAUAUGCCAAACAGGAGAUAUUGCAGCAAAAAGAGACCCAGUCAGAUUUUAAAAGCAAUAUUUCUGAGCCAACCAAGAAAGUUAUGGAGAUGAUUCCCCAGAUUUCCAGUUUUUGCCUGAUAAGAGACAGGAACCACAUACAAAGUGCAAACUUGGAUGAGGAAGCACAGGCUGGUACCAGUUCACUGCAGGUAAUGUUGGAUCACCAUCCUGUUGCUAUUACAGUGGAGGUAAAGCAAGAAGAAGAUGUUAAACCACCUCCUCCACUGGUUUUAAAUUCUCAAGCUAGUGAUACUUUAGAGCAAAGAGAAGAACAUGAAUUAGUACGUGUUAUGGAAAGAUCUUUAUCACCAUCACUUUCCUCUGUUGAUAUGAGAAUGACAUCGUCUCCAUCUUCUAUUCCAAGAAGAGAUGAAUUUUUUCAUCAUGAGAAUGGAGAGCACUUUAGGUCUCUGUUAGGGUAUGAUCCUCAGGUUCUGCAACUGCUGAAAGAAGAGCAUCAGAUAAUUUUAGAAAACCAAAAAAAAUUUGGAUUGUAUGUUCAGGAGAAGAGGGAUGGAUUGAAAAGAAGGCAACAGCUAGAGGAAGAGCUGCUAAGAGCAAAAAUUGAAGUGGAGAAGCUGAAAGCAAUUCGCUUACGGCAUGAUCUGCCAGAAUAUAAUAGUCUCUAAAAAACUUUUUUUUCUCUUGCAAUUUGAUAAUUUUAAUUUUGGCCAAAAUAGUUUCUUUUGGGAAUACGCAUAUUCUUAAAAUGUUGUUACCCUCUACUAUGGCAAAGCUUUCUUGACAUGAUUUUCUACUUAUUAAAUUUUCCUUUGAGAUGUAUUUAAAUUUAUUGAUUGGUUGGCAAGGUUACAUUUUUCAUUGUCUUCCCUACAUUUUCUUUCUAAGAAGUUUAACUGUUGGCCUUAUAAAUGAUGUUUUAUUUUGAUCAAUAAAAUAUAACAUACAUUAUACAUAUAUGGUCAUAUUCUUUUCAAGUUCUGAGUCUUCAACAUUUUUAAUUAGAGCUUUGAAAGCUCAUUAAAGGCUUUUAAGUCAAUCUGAAUUAGAAGCUAUGCUAACCUAAUUCCAAGAAGCCAAUCUAGAUGAUACUGAUUUUUUUAAAUGUUUUUUUUAUUAGAGCAGUUAUAGGUUUACAGAAAAAUCAUGCAGAAAGUAUAGAGUUCCCAAAUCUUCCUCCAUUCACGCCCCCUGCCCCGUUUUCCAUAUUAUUAACAUUUUGCAUUAGUGUGUUUACCUUUGUUGUAAAUGAUGAAACAUAAUUAUAAUUAUAUUAAUUAUUGUCCAUAGUUUACAUUAGAGUUCACUCUUUCUGUUGUACAGUUCUAUUCUGGUAACAUAUAUAAUCUAAAAUUAAUUAUUUU